AAGACUACUGUGGAAUGAUAGCAUGUCUUAGACAUACCACGCACGCGACACUGUUAUCAGCAUUAUGCAGCAGGUUAUUUGAAAGAGAGAGACUGGCAUUUUAUGGAAAUUAAAGUACUUAUCAAACUAUUAUAGUAUCAUUGGACUAGCAUUUGUCCUGGCUCUUGGCUUUCUUCUCGUCAUCAUGUCGUGUGCGCUCUAUGGCAAUUGGUGGCCAUUGUUUGUUGUGGCAACGUAUGUUUUGGCACCUUUACCGAACGCAGUAUUUAGCCGGUGCUCAAAUCGCGAUGACUUUAUGUCGGAUUACCAAGGUGGCUUUGCGGAUGCAGGAUACUUUUUGACGGGCUUAAUGAUUAUAACAGGCUUCUGCCUACCCGUCGUUCUCGCUCAUGCUGGAGUCAUCACGGUACCAGCGAUGGCUAUGAGUAUUUCGGGUGGUCUUUUGAUCUAUGGCACCAUUAUUUCAUACUCGCGUUUCUUUUCUGUGGAAGAUGAAUUCUAAACGACGGUGUAGGAUACCAUCUUUUAAUUCAGGAAUUGGAUAGCACAUAUUGAGGAUGAUAUAGUUUGGCCGCUGGCUUUUUAUAAUAACAUGUGUAAAUUGCCUUAAAAAAAAGGACAGCAGUAGCAGUGCCUCAUCGUUGAGUAUUAAAGUAUUUUUUCCUGUUUUAUUAGUGAAGCCAUAGAUGACAGAGUAUCUCAGAUUCUGUCUGUAAAGCCUCGCGACUAGAUUAAACAAAGCCUCCUCUUGAUUAUUUGCGUUUGUUCCUCUUUGAUUUUCCACUGCCUCCAUGAUGUGAUGAUGAGUUGGAUAUCGUGGUUGGUUGUUGUGCCUGUGUUUGUGAGGGUGUGGGCGCGGGUGUUGGCGUGGAGACAGAAGUCUGUAGUGCUGUUGGUCCUGUUCCUGAUGCUGGCGUAGUUUCUGAUGCAGUUG